AUGCAGAGUGCAGAGGACUUGGAGGGUCCAGUCUAGUCAGCAGGUCUCACACACACGCUCGUGUAUGGAGCUGAAACUUUCCUAGAGACACUUCUCUGUAUCUCUUCCCUUCUUUCUUCCCUCUGUCCUGCUCUCCUCUUUCUCCUCUCCCCCCUCCUCCUGCACACCUUUGUGUUGUUUUCCUUGCCCCUCUUCCUCUCCCCUCCCUCUUCAGCCUCACUAGUUUUCCCUGUGUUCUAUCUUAUGUGCUCAGAGUGUGGUUAGUGUGCAUGCUGAAGGCUGACAGGGGGAGAUGCUGCUGAUGUUACAGCUGUUUGGGCUCCAUGUCUCCUUCAGGGCCCACUGAAGAAGACAACACUGCACGUGUGCAGAAGAACUUCAACACAACUUUCUGAGGAGCAACUACCCUUUUUUUUUCUCAUCAAUCAAUUGCAUUUUUAAGACUCUUUGGAAAAACAAUGAGGACCAAGUUGUUGUUUGUCCUCGGAGCAUUGCUAUCUGUGGUGGACAGUAAAGGAACCUUUUAUGGAGGCCAUGUCAACCCUUUCUAUGGAAACAGAUACAACCUGUACAAGGCUGGACUCAACCCUCAUCACACACCAAACAAGCCCAUGACUCGUCACAAAAACCACUGUGCCUAUGUGGUCCAGAAGAACAUCACAUGUAUCAUGCAAGACGGAGUGGCCACUUAUGUGAAGGCCGAGUACACGACCAAGUGCAUCUGGGGUCAGAAGUGUCCCGUUGUCAUGUACAGGACAAUCUAUAAACCAAAGUACAAGGUGGGGUUUAAGACAGUGACGGAGCUGGAGUGGAGGUGUUGCCCCGGCUAUGCUGGAGAAAACUGCUAUGAUGGACCCACUUCGUUGCCUGAUGUCAUGAUGCCGCCCUUCAAGGGUGCGGGAUUACCCCACCGUCCAGGGCUGAAGGGUUUCCCACAUGGCCCUCGACCCCCGGUGGACCAGAAGCCAGGAGUGGGUCAGCUUGAGCCGGGGAAACCUGUCCCAGGUGUACCUGAUCACAGACCUAUACCCACUGGACAGCUACCCACUGGGGUUGGAAAACCAAACUAUGGAAAUAAAUUUGGGAUAUCAGGAGUGACCGGUGAGCGUUUGGAUCGUAUGGAGGAGGACCUGCGGCGCCUCACCCAGGGUCUAGAUACUCUCAACGGGGUGGUGGCUGGACUUGAGGAGCGACUGCGCACAUCUCUGCGGGAAGACACCAACAAAAUUCUGGUUUCCCUGCUUCCUAACCCCCCCAGAACUCCUGACUCAGCAGUGGGAUUUGGAGUUAUCCCAGAUGGGACUCCUGAUGGAUUGGAAGGACAAGAAAGCUUCACUGGAUUUGGAGACUUGGCAGGGAGGGUAACAGAAGUGAGGGAUGAGCUGCGAGCCAAGACUCACAUCAUAGAGGAAAUUCAGGGGAUGGUCCUGGGUCAUGAUGGUCAGCUGAAGAAGCUGUUGGAUGGAGCCAGAGGUCGACCCAUCCUUGGUCCAGGCUCUGGGGGUGAUUUGGACGAGAUUCUGGAUUCCAAGCUUGCUGGAGUUCGUGCUGAGAUUCUGGAUGGCUUUGAGCGCCGUAUGACUGGUCUGGAGAGUCACUGCGAUGAGAAAAUCGGGGAAGUACAGAGGCAAUGUCACCGGGAACACAUGACUGGCCAGGAGCAGAUGCAACAGUCUCUAGAUGGACGUGAGACGGGGAUCAGGGAGGAGCUGGGGUCUUUACAGGCUCAGAUCCAGGGCCUAACACUCACCGAGAGCUGCUGUGGACAGGUAAACAGCCUGUCCCAGCGUGUGCUGCUGUUGGAGGAAUCUGUCAAAGGUUUGACUGAAUCUCAAAGGCAGCUUCAAACAGCCCUCACUGACCAGAGCAUCCAUGUGGAGACCCUGAUCGAGACCCGUCUAGUGGAUAUAGAAGGCCGCCUAAAUGCCACAGAGGGCCUACCUGAAGGGGUAGGUGGGCUCCCUGGAGGUUUGGAUGGUUUCAAGACCAUGCUGGAGGACAAGCUGAAAACCUUGGAGGAGAGAGUGUUCGUGGCUGUGGAGGAGCUGAGUAACGCCACUGCCCCAGCGCUCCUUGAGGGCCAGGUUGUCCCGGCACUGGAGACAGAGAUUGAGUCAGUGAGGAGAAGAGUGGAAGGAGACCUGGACGGCAUUCAGAAGCAGUUGAGUGACCUGGAGCUCCUGUGCACCUCCUCUUGCUCACCCUCCACCCCACCAGCAGGGGGAGUCAGUAUCACUGGGGAAGAGUGUGAUGGGCUGGAGAAAAAAUUGACAGGCCGCAUGGAUACUUAUACUAACCAACUGGACCGGCUGAACAACACCCUACAGAACCUGCUGUUCCGUAUAGCCCAGGAGGACCUGGAGGGCUCAGUCCAUGGGGAAAUCACUCUGCUGAAAGUCAACAUCAACUCUGUGAAUCGCACCCUGAAGGGCCUGAAGGACUCUCUCAGCUUCUUUGCAAGUGAAGUGGGCCACACUAAUGCCACAUGGGAGCAGAGAGAGCACCAGUUGGUUAACCAGGUGCAAGGAAUCACCAAACUCGUGGGCCACCAGGCCUCCCUCCUGGGCGCCGGGGAGAGACGGCUGGCCCAGCUGAAGGGAGAGCUGGUGGCCUUGAAGAGAAGACUCACUGGGGAGCUGCAAGGCUGCAAGAGCACGGCCAUAGAAGUACAGAAGGAGGUGAAGGAGGUGGAUAGCAGGGUGAGCCAGGUAGAAGGCCAGUGCAGCAGCCUUGGAGAGCUCACACAGCAGCUAGAGCGGAUCAGAGCAGAACUUGAGAAACACUCAGACUCUUACCUGUCCGAGGUGAACGGCACACUGAUCGUGCACACAGAACAACUAUCUGAGCUGAAAGAAGAGGUCAAAGACUGUAUUGCCAAGGAAGCAGCCAACCAAAAAGGAGACCAGUAGCAUCAGAGCUUACAGAGUUUAAACAGACAAGUGUGUGCUUCUCAUUAGGCUCAAGUGACUUCCUUUGCUUCUCUCCUCUCUUUCAAACCCAUCUGCACAGAUGCAAAUUAACUGAACCAGUGAAAGUCAUUUCCCAUAAGCUUCAGACCCCAGUGCCUCCAGAUGUCCUGGGUGUUUAGUUUAGUCAAGUGAGGAGAGUCAGAUGCAGAAUACAAAGACACAGCUAUGGUUGCAUAGCUGUGGGACUCUUUUCCCCUUGAGUGUUUUAUUGUCUAUAGGGCAUUUGUUUUAUUCCCUCUGAUCAUGAUUGUUUUGUUUUCAUAUUUUACUUUUUUAACUUAUAUGAAGUGACUGCAUUGUUAUGAUGUUAAACUGUUUGUAUUGGAGAUGUGUAAAAAUGAUAACAAAACAAAGUGAAUGAUACGAGACUAAUACGCUGCUACGGGUUUCUACUGACAAGCACACUCGACAACCUUUGUGUGGACACUUGUCUGCUCUUUGAGAAUACUGUAUGUCAACUUGGUGCUAUUUACAUUUUUGUAAACAUUUGUUUUACUCGUGUCUAUAAUGAUAUGUAUUUCUGCUUUGACAGCCCUAUUUGUUUCCUGCUGCAUUGUUCAAUGUUGCAAAGGAGUUCCAUAAUUCACCAUUGGGGGACAGUGACAACACAUUAAAUGGCAUGGCAGAUGGAAGAGAAAUAAAAUCUCAAACACUCCAGAGAUAAAAUUGUAGUGUUUUUUAGACUCAGGUAUUUAUUUAUUUUUUGAAUCAUGGUGAUUGUAUUCAGAUGAAAUCAAUGGUUAAGUUAAAUCUGC